AACCCACCUCCACCUGCAACCCACCUUCAACCCAUCCCCACCUGCAACCUGCAACCCACCUCCACCUGCAACCCACCUUCAACCCACCCCCACCUGUAGCCGGUCCCCCUGUCUGUCUGGGAAUGUCCCGCUCAUCCACCCCGCUCCUCAGUGUUGGGGCCCCAGCAGCCCCAGAGACUCUGUCCCUGCUGCACCGGCGCCUGAUGUUGGCCGAGGAGGAAGCUGAGGCUCUUGCUCAAGACAUGGUGGCACUGGGGGUUUCCAGGGACCAAAUCUUGGGAUCUACUCAGAGAAUGGAUGCCAGUCAGCGUCCUGUAAGUCCUCUUAAGAUGCAUCGGGUCCCUGGGGCUGAGGGCAUGCUGUGGCAACAGUGUGACUCUCUAGGGAGCCGGGUGUGUCGCAUGGAAAGUCUGCUACAGACCCUCAAACUCACCAUCUUCCGCCUGGAGACUGAGAGAGAGCUGGACCCCUCUCACACAGCUCAUCUGAAGCAGCAGCUGGCAGCGCUGCAGCAGGAGAGUGAGGAGGAGCAACAGGUCUCCAGGUGGGAGGUGAUGAAACUCAGGGACAAACUUCAGCAGGCUUACCAGGAGAGAGACGAAGCUCGCACAGAGGUGCAGAGGCUGGGGGAGACAGUGGAGGUAGCUACUGCCGCCAAGAUGGAUGUGGCUUUUGCUGCCGAGGAGCUGAAGAUUGUCAAAUUAGAGAUGAGUCAGAAACUGAUGGAGAUGAAAGAGCAGAUGAGACAGGAGUCCGGCCUCUCCGUUGAAGCCAUGAAAUCUCACUGCGAGCUUCUCCAGCGUGUUGAGGAGAUGGAGACAGUGGUGGACACAGAGAGGAGACAGGCUCUGCUGCUGCAGUCGGAUUGCCAGGCCUUACAUGUGCAGGUCCAGACCAGCCGGCAGCAGCUGGAGGAAGAAAAAGACAGAGGCCGACAGCUGGAGGAGCACCGUCGGCAGCUCAAAGAACAGACAGCGAUGAAGGACUCUCUUGUGUCUGAGUUGAAAACCGAACUGAAAAGUGUUUUUCUGGUCCUUCAGAGGCAGCAGACAGAAAACAGUAAACUCUUGAUGGAGGGCAGAGAGCUGAGAUCUGCUGCUGACAGAGUCCAGACCCUGAAUAAGCAGCUGGAAAGUCAGUGUUCCCAGCUCAGUUCUGCCCUACGUUCACUCUCAGUGGAGAAUGAAGAACUGCAGGCCAACUUAAAGGGAGAGAGGAGGCUGGUGGUCAAGGAACUGCAAGAGCGCGACCUGCUGCUGGAGUCAGCCAGACACAAUAUCCACACUGAGCUGCAGGUGGAGCUAACAGAUAAAUUUAGCCUGCAGCUGGAGCUAGAGAAGCUCAAAGGCGAAUACGUACAGCUCCUGCAGAGCUCCUCCAUUGCACAAGAGACAGCGGUUACUCAGAGGGAACUAUUGGAGCGAACCAUUCAGAGGCUACGGGAGGAGCUGAGCACGGCCACAAAAGAGGGGGCAAUGAGGAAAGACCUGGAGGGUUCAAAAAACGAGUUACGUCUUGUUGUCACUAAGUUGGACGAUGAGAGAAGAAGUCUGGAGACCCAGCUUAGUGAGGCCAAGUGGGAGGUGGGAUCUCUAAGCUCAGCCUUACAGAGCCAGCGGGAUGAGAACAGGAGGCUCAUGGGAAAGGUGCAUUCAGUGCAGCAUGUGGACAAGAUGCUGAAGGACCUAACUGACAAGAACAUGCGAGACCAUGAGAAAGGGAAACUUAAGAUCAGUGAGCUAGAGGCCUUGCAGGAUGUCUGUGGUCCUGCAGGGGGCAUCGGUCAAACCCUUGAAAGCAUCCUGGCCUCCCAAACCAGACUCCAACUCAACAGUCAGACCCUGCAGCAGGAGCUGGGGGGGCGAGAUCAGGAGCCGUCCACACUCGAGAAGGACAGGCUGCAGGCUCAGAGAGAAAUCAGGAAACACCAAGUAGAGGUGGAGAAACUCCAGCGACUUCUGACAUCGACUCACUCCAAGAGCAACAGAGCUCUUGAGUCCUUGCAGAAGGCCUCGGAUACAGCCAAAGUGGACAACAAGAGGCUGGCCCAGAGUUUGGAGCAGUCUGUGUUGACCAACAGCAGUUUACACCGCAAACUGGAGCAGGCCAGAGACCGGUACCAGGCUGCCAUCACACUGAGAGAUAAGGAGCUGUGCGAGGCCCGGAUUAAGAUCAGUCAUUUGUCUGAAGCACUAGGCGCUGUAAAGCAACAAACUAGGGAGGACUAUGAAUCUUCCAUGAAGAUGCAUCGAGAAAUCUCAGAGGAGAAGGAGCUGACUGACAGCAAGCCCCCGGAGGUCAGGAUGGACUGCCAGCAGGUUUUACGCAAACGGGAGGCAGAGUGGGAGAGGUGGACGUCUACCAUCCGACGCUGGGAGGCCAAGAGAGAGCUGGCUCACAUCGCUGGAGGAUCCAAGCCUGUGAGGACACAGCUGACAACACAAUCACACUGAUAAAUAAGCAACGUAUGUCCCACAAGCACGCACCUGAACACUGAAGACUAAAACAACAUGACACAGUGAUCCUUUGUGUUUAUUCAAACAUUAAACGAUGACCAACAGAG